GUUCCAGACGGAGGAGGCGACCUGCGUGAUUUCAGAAGUGAUUGUAUGAAACCACGAGCCAAAGGCGACUGCAGCCACACAUCAGUAUUGAUCCGGACGGCGGGUCUGUGCAACCGACAGUGUUUUGAUGACAUUCAUCAGCGUUAUUAGCUAAGUUAAUUAGCCGGCUACUUCGGAGGAGCACGUCAGUAUCAGCGGGCCGCGACAUCUGGAGGACAAUGAGGAAGGUUGCUCUGCUGCUGAUCGUUUUGCUCGGCGUUGCACAUUUUGCAACUGUCAGCAGAUGUGAUGAUGAUGUUACAGAGGAGAGGGAGGAGGCUGAUGAAGAGGACAGUGAUGAUGAGGAGGAGGAGGAGGAAGAUGAUGACACAGAGGUGAAAGAAGAAAACGGAGUCCUUGUCCUCACUGACAACAACUUUGACACUUUCAUGGAGGGAAAAGACACGGUUCUGGUGGAGUUUUAUGCCCCAUGGUGCGGACACUGUAAACAGUUUGUCCCAGAGUAUGAAAAAAUCGCUCAGACUCUGAAGGAGAAUGAUCCUCCCAUACCUGUGGCCAAAGUGGAUGCAACAGCAGCCAGCGAUUUAGCGAGCAGGUUCGAAGUGUCGGGCUAUCCCACUUUCAAGAUCCUGAAAAAUGGGGAGCCUGUGGACUACGAUGGAGAAAGGACAGAGAAGGCUAUCGUGGACCGGGUGAAAGAGGUGGCACAGCCAGACUGGAAGCCCCCUCCUGAGGCGACGCUGGUGCUGACCAAGGACAACUUUGAUGAGACUGUUAACGACGCAGACAUCAUCUUGGUGGAGUUCUAUGCUCCAUGGUGCGGACACUGUAAGCGUUUGGCUCCAGAGUACGAGAAAGCGGCCAAGGAGUUGAGCCAGCGCUCUCCUCCCAUUCCUCUGGCCAAAGUGGACGCCACCGUGGAGAACGAGCUCGCCUCACGUUUUGGAGUUUCAGGUUAUCCCACCCUCAAGAUCUUCAGGAAAGGCAAGGUGUUUGACUACAACGGACCCAGAGAGAAGUAUGGCAUUGUUGACUACAUGAAUGAGCAGGCAGGGCCUCCGUCCAAGCAGGUCCAGGCAGUAAAACAGGUGCAGGAGCUCAUUAAGGAUGGGGACGAUGCUGUCAUAGUAGGCGUGUUUUCUGGUGAACAGGACGCAGCCUACGACAUCUACCUCGAGGCGUGUAAUACACUGAGGGAAGACUUCACCUUCCGUCACACCUUCAGCUCUGAAGUGUCCAAACUGCUCAAAGCUUCUCCUGGUCAGAUUGUCAUCGUUCAGCCUGAAAAGUUCCGCUCAAAGUACGAGCCGGCGUCGAACACACUCACAGUGAAGGACUCUACACCAGCAUCAGAAGUGCAGGAGUUCUUCAAAAAGCAUGUGAUUCCUCUGGUGGGCCACAGGAAACCAAGCAAUGAUGCCAAGCGCUACACCAAAAGACCCCUGGUGGUUGUGUACUAUGGAGUUGACUUCAGCUUCGACUACAGGAAAGCUACGCAGUUCUGGAGGUCCAAGGUGCUUGAGGUGGCCAAGGACUUCCCAGAGUACACAUUCGCCAUUGCUGAUGAGGAGGACUUCGCAGAUGAGCUGAAGAGCCUGGGUCUGAGCGAGAGCGGAGAGGAAGUGAAUGUGGGAAUUCUGGUCGAGGGAGGCAAAAAGUUUGCCAUGGAGCCAGAGGAGUUAGACGCUGAGGUGCUGAGAGACUUUGUUAUGGCUUUCAAAAAAGGAAAGCUCAAACCCAUCAUCAAGUCCCAGCCAGUGCCAAAGAACAACAAGGGACCAGUUAAAGUUGUGGUUGGAAAGACCUUUGACGAGAUCGUUAUGGAUUCCAAGAAGGAUGUCUUGAUCGAGUUUUAUGCUCCUUGGUGUGGCCACUGUAAGAAACUGGAGCCAGAUUAUUUGGCUCUGGGCAAGAAGUACAAGGGGGAGAAGAAUCUGGUGAUCGCCAAGAUGGAUGCCACAGCCAACGAUGUGCCAAACGACAGCUACAAAGUGGAAGGUUUCCCAACGAUAUACUUUGCCCCAAGCAACAGCAAGCAGAGUCCUGUCAAAUUUGAAGGCGGGGACAGAACAGUCGAGGGGUUCAGCAAGUUCUUGGAAAAGCACGCCACAAUGCUAUCACAGAAGAGAGACGAACUUUGAAAAUGUCUCUCUGGUUGAAUAGCUAAGAACUCUUACCGCGCUCAGGCAGAGCCUUAAAGGACGCUGGGGAGGUGAAGGGAACGCAGUGAAGUUAAAUGGUGUUACUGUGAUGAUUACAAUGUUCAAUCAUCGUUUUAGUUUCUGUUCAUUCCAAGAGAUUCUGCUUUCUUCUGUUUCUAAAAGCAUGUAAGCACUGCUGAAGGUUGAAUUCUUUUUAAAUAAAACUAAAAAUGAUGGCUGCUUUUCGGGCCAGCACUUAAA